CUUGUACAUUUCCGGAGGCGACAUGUGGUUAAGGCUUCGUCAUCACCCUUCUGGCGAAGUUUGAAGCUUGUAAUUCAUGCAGGCCUUGGCACAACAACAGUGAGAAGGUUAUAUGGCCCGGCUGUGUGUCUUUAAAGGUUGUAUAUUAACAACUUGAUAUGGAGAGGACAGGUGAGCGGCCACUUAGAGGAACAGAGGGAGUGUGACUGUGAGGAGCGAACAACUCAGAGAAAAACACAGACAAGGAUUUUUAGUCCUGGAUUUUGCUCUUGUAAAGUGAACUUUCUGUUGUGGAUCAGACAAAAUUUCAUCUGGAAUUUGCAGCAAAAUUUAAGAAGAAGUUUUUUGUGACUUUACUGCACUAUAAACGCAGUGGAGCAGGAGCAGUGAAAAAAAAGAAAGCCUUUACCUGAUCAUGGACUUUCUUUAACAGCUCAAAAAUCUAAAUGCUAGGACCUUCAGAGCUGAGGGUGGGAAUGGGGUGGUGGUGGUUGUGUUUGUGCUUCUUGGGGAUUGUUGCUGCUCCAUGUCGGGGCGUCAGACAGUGUCUGGCUGGGAUUACAAUCAAUGUGAUCCUGCUGGAUGAUGAAGAGUCUCCCUGGAGUCUGAGGUACGUGAAGGAUGAAAUACUGAAGGCCAUAGAGACGGAUUCAACCAUCAAUGCUGAAGAAGAUGUCGGGUUUAAUCUCACGGCUAACUUUGGCGGGUUCACACCGGCCUUUUAUCGAUAUACCGGCUGCAAGGCUAGCGCGUGUGAGGGAGUGGACAAGCUAAAGAACCUGAUGAGUUCAGACAGCCUGGGAUGUGCCGUGCUUGGGCCUACCUGCACCUUUGCUACUUUCCAAUUGGUUGAUGUGGAAAAAGGCCUGAAGCUCCGUACGCCCAUCAUCUCGGCGGGGAGCUUCGGCACCUCCUGCGACUACACUCUCAACCUGCAGCGCCUCCUGCCGCCGGCACGCAAGAUCUCAGACUUUUUCAUCAACUUCUGGGUGUAUGUAAACAAGAUCAAACCUAAAUGGGAGACAGCCUAUGUUUACAAGAAAGAGGUCAACACAGAGGAUUGCUUUUGGUAUAUAAAUGCACUGGAUGCAGACCACAAGUUCGCCCUAAAUAUUAGCAGAGCGGUGCUGCGCAAACCGGCUGACCUGAAAAGAGUGCUGACAUCGCCCAGAAACAGGACAAGCAAUCUGUUCAUCAUGUGUGGAUCACCCAUGGAUGUCGAGGAGAUGAAAAAUAUCUCCAAAGAGGCGGACAACAGUGAUAUUAUCUUUAUCCUUAUUGAUCUCUACAAUGAUCAAUACUACACCAACACCUCGUCGCUGCCAUUCAUGAGGAACGUGUUGGUAGUGACUAUGCCCCACACCAGAAACUACACUAUCAACUCAGACCUGAAAGACAACAACACGAUGAACGAUUACAUGGCGGCAUACCAUGAUUCAGUGCUGCUGAUAGGCGAGGUGAUGAGGGAAAUUGUUGAGAAACCUCAGUGGGAGAUUCAGCAGAUGGAGUAUGUCAAUGUGAAUUACUUCAGAAACCUCUCCUUUAAUGGAAUAGCUGGAAACUACAAGCUGGACAAGCACGGAGACAGAGAUGUGAAUCUCUCAGUCAUUUACACCACUAGUGACGACAAGUACCAGAUUUUAUUCACAUUCGACACGGAGAACAACAUAACCAGCGAGGUUGAGGCGAACCCUUCCUUCAUCUGGGGAAAUAGACUUCCUGAUUUCACACCAGACCAAGGCCCGGCACCUCAUGACAUCAUCGUCAUUGUGUUGGCUGUUACGGUUGUUGUGGUGGCCACCAUCGCCUUCAUUUUCUACAGACAGAACAGGAGAGACCGCCGUGUCAGGAAGCGCUGGUCCCACAUCGCCUCUGAUCUCGUCACACUGCUGGAGAACAACCAACUCAAUGUCAUCUCUCUCAAGAUUGAAGACGAGAGGAAACCCAUGAAAUUCCAGAUCCGCCGUGCGUUUUACGACAAGAAGGUAGUGAUUCUGAAGGAGCUGGAGCACUCGGACGCAAACUUUAACGAGACCCAGAUGAUCGAACUUAAUGCGCUCAAGCAAAUCGACUAUUACAACCUCACUAAGUUUUAUGGCACAGUGAAGUUUCAUCAGGGUGUGUUCGGAGUGUUUGAGUACGGAGAGAGAGGGUCGCUCAGGUAUGUGCUGAACGAUAAGGUUUCUUAUCCAGAAGAGACCUUCAUGGACUGGGAGUUCAAGAUCUCCGUCAUGUACGACAUCGCCAAGGGCAUGUCCUACCUCCAUGCCAGUGAGAUCCAGGUGCACGGUCGCCUCAAGUCCACCAACUGUGUGGUGGACAAUCGCAUGGUGGUGAAGAUCACAGACUUUGGCUGCAACAGCUUUCUCAGCCCCGGCAAAGACUUGUGGACAGCUCCGGAGCAUCUGAGGAGACAGGGCGAGUCUCAGAAAGGAGACGUCUACAGCUUUGCCAUCAUCGCUCACGAGAUUGUUCUCAGAAAGAGCACCUUCUACACCGAGAGCUGCUCCGACCGCGCAGGAAAGCUCGCCAAGGUCAUCAUGUCCUACUUCAGACCUGAUCUUAAGGUUGAGACAGCUUCAGAGAAAGAAUUAGAGGUGUACAUGUUGAUAAAAAGCUGUUGGGAUGAGGAUCCAGAAAAAAGACCUGACUUUAAGAGGAUAGAAAACUGUCUGGGGAAAAUCAUCAGUAAAAUUCACAACCAGGACAAUGAGAGUUACAUGGAUAACAUGAUCAGGCGGCUGCAGAUGUACUCCAGAAACCUGGAGAUCCUGGUGGAGGAGAGAACGGUCCUCUACAAAGCUGAGAGGGACCGAGCAGACUGCCUCAACUUCAUGCUGCUUCCUGGCCCAGUGGUGAAAAGCCUGAAGGAGACCGGUGCGGUGGAGCCAGAGCUGUACGAGGAAGUGACGAUAUACUUCAGCGACAUAGUCGGCUUCACCACUCUGUGCCAGUACAGCACGCCGAUGGAAGUUGUGGACAUGCUCAACGACAUCUACAAGGGCUUUGACAGCAUCGUCGACCACCACGACGUAUACAAGGUGGAGACGAUCGGUGACGCCUACAUGGUGGCCUCCGGGCUUCCGAAGCGAAACGGGAACAGGCACGCGGUGGACAUCUGCCGCAUGGCGCUGGACAUCUUGGCGUUCAUGGGUACCUUCCAGCUCCGACACCUGCCCGGCAUCCCUGUGUGGAUACGCAUCGGCAUUCACUCAGGUCUCUGUGCAGCAGGCGUCGUGGGGAUAAAGAUGCCCAGAUAUUGUUUAUUUGGAGACACGGUCAACACGGCGUCUCGUAUGGAGUCUACAGGACACCCCCUGCGGAUCCACGUCAGUCAGCCUACGAUAAAUAUCCUGCAGAGGACAGACUGCAAGUUUGAGUACGAGAUGAGAGGAGAAACAUAUCUGAAGGGUAAAGGCACAGAGACAACCUACUGGUUGACAGGGGAGACGGGCGAAGACUACGACCUCCCAACUCCACCCACAACGGAGAACUUCCAGCGGCUGCAGCAGGACCUCGCCCACAUGAUCCUGGCGUGUCUGGAGCGGCGCUCUCGAGGCUCCAUCCAGAGGAAGACGCCGCUCUCGAGUCAGAGCAGGGAGGACGAGGACCAGGAAUCGGAGGUGGAGUCUGAGGGCGACCAUCCCGAGUACCUGCAUCUGGCUACUGUGGAUAACACCCUCAGUACAUUCCUGUAGUACAAACCUACAAUCACCGCUGUAUGAUAUUACAUUAUUCAGUAAGACUGGGAAGGGAACCAGCAGGUAAUGACUGUAGCAUGGUGAAUCCCUGGUUAGAUGUACAACAUCCAAUGAGGCAAUGAGGAGCAUUAAUGUCCAAUGUUAAUACAUCAAGAAACGCUCUUGUACAUGUGGACCUUUCUCCUGCAUAUUCUUGUCAGGUUCAUUGAUUGUUUGAAUAUGCAAUUAUUUACUGCUUGGACUAAAACAAAGAUGUAGGUGUAGCUUAUCUGUACCAGAAAGAUGACAAGAUGAACUCUACUUAAUGGCAGUGAAAGUGUGAAUUAGUAACUUCACAACAUGUAGUAUUGGAGUAUUAGAUUUGGUUCAGAUCUAAAGAUCCAGGCCCUUAGUUAUCAAACUUAAAAAAUGACUGUUAAUGCUCUAAAGCAGGGCUGCCCAAAGUGGCAGAUGUUUCUAGUGAUUUUUUUUUUUUUUUUAAUUAAAAGACCUACUUUACUGUCUUCAGGAGGCUGUAUAAGCUGGUUUAGAGCUGAAGAUACUGGUAUCAUAUGAAACGAGAAAACCUAAAUAAUCCAUUGGUACCAACCAUGUCAUACUAGCUUGUCUGGAAGGAGGCUA